AUGGGGAACGUGUCACCCUCUCCACGCCAGCUCUUCACAGAAGCUAUUAUCUUCUGGGCCAUCGGGCUUGUGAUUUAUGUCGGCAGAAUUGUGGCUCGAAUAAUUGCGAAUGGCGGGAUUAAGCGUCUGUUCGUCGACGAUUAUGUCAUGACAGCAACAUUUGCAAUCUAUACCACCCUCCUAGUCUUAAUUCAGAUUUCGGCACGUUAUGCAACGAACCUGAUGGACCCCAAUGACUACGACGAAGUACUAGCAGACCCAAAACAAGUCAGCGAUCGAAUCUAUGGGAGCAAGAUUGUCAUAGGUUUGGAACAAUGCAUGCUGGUCUCAACAUGGGGAGUCAAGGCAUGCAUGCUGAUGCUCUAUUGGCGAAUCACACAAAACCUGAAAUCCAACCUAUACAUCAAGAUUCUUUCAGUAUACGUUGCCAUCGGGUUCGUCGUCAUUAUGGUUACAUACUACGCAGUAUACUGUCGACCAUUUUCGCAGUACUGGGCCAUGCCCGUGGAUAACAUGCAAUGCGCGACAUACCAGCACUACUCGAUAACGCAAGCGGUUUUCAACAUCUCCUCCGACGCCGUGAUGUUUGCGAUCCCAAUCCCACUUCUCAUCAAAGCCCAGCUCAAGCGUCGGAGGAAAGUAGUACUCAUUGGCGUCAUGAGCUUAGGUCUGUUCACCAUCAUCGCUGCUAUCCUGAACAAAUACUUCAAUUUCGCCUCGCCGCUUACCACGCAAUACCAAAUUUGGUACAUACGCGAAGCAAGCACCGCAAUCUACGUUGCCAAUCUUAUGUGUUGGUGGCCACUUCUCCGCAAACUCUUCGGUCUCAAGGCUUUCCAAUACAACAGCAAUCGGGGCCAGCGAGCUGCCAAUAAAAACAAGCAAAACAACAGCAGCAGCGAAGACUCUAACAACUCACAAUCGCGACCUUCUUUCGCUUUUCCACGAUCCUGGAAACCCCCUUGCCGUCGAGGCAUUAAAGGCGCAUGGACUCGGCGACAUAGAGCGCGGCGCUCCAGCACAGAAGCUAUCAACCAAUCCGAUAAUAACUUUGUGAGCGACAUGCAUCGGGUUGAAGCUGUGCCACUAGAUAACUGGGAUAAAACCGAAGACCUCGAACUGCAUCGCUCCACAGCGCAAGAGCCUGGUUCUCACGACAAAGACCCCAAAACACAGGCGCUACAACAGGAUAUGAUCUACUCCGAAGACGAGUUUGAUGGCCGGGCCAACCACAAUCAUCAUAUACACUCACCCUGUUGA